AGAGUGAAGAAUCGAUGGCCUCUGUGCCAAAACCUAAACAAUUAUAGAUACUUAUCAUACAGCUCCCGGAAUGUGACGACAAAUGGCGAGUCUGCUCUCCUGCGCCUCCCAGUCGUUCCUUCUGUUCUUCAUCUUCAUAUACUGGGCGUCCGGCUGUGCCCUCCUGCUGCUCGGCACGGCCCUUCUGGUGGACAGCAGUCGGCAGCUGCUGUUCUUCCUGGUCAACAUCGAGGAUGGACAGCUACUGCUGCCCACCUUCAGAUUGUUGUGCGUCGGCCUGGUUCUAAUCGGUACGUUCAAACUUCUGGUCGGCCUGCUCGGCUGUCUCGGAGCCGUCAAACAGGAUUACUGCAUAGUCGCAUUUUAUUUCUGUUUCGUGGCGAUCACGAUGUGCUCGGAGAUCACGGUGGGCGCGUUCAGUCACGUGCACCAGCAGCGAACGGACGCGGCGCUGGCGCACACUCUGGGCAGGAAGCUGGCCAAGUAUUACGGCGUGCCCGACCGCGGACAGGAGACCAUGGCCAUCGACUUCGCACAGUACAAGUUUCAGUGCUGUGGCGUGCAGUCACCCUCCGACUACAACUACUCACGGUGGCGUGUGGAGGAACUGGGCGGCGCCGAGCUGCGCGUACCGCUCACCUGCUGCACGCUGCGGGAAGACGCGCCGCAGCCGUACCGUAACCCGCACCCCCGCGACCCGGAGAUGUGUCAGAAGAGGGACCCGCUGCAGCAUCACAGCCAGAGGCACACGCAGGGUUGUCUGCAGGGGAUAGCGCGGUGGCUGGACCGAGAGUCGACUGUGCUGACAUCUGUCGGCGUGGCCACCGGCUGCGUGGACCUCAUCUGCGCCGUCAUCACCCUGUGCUGGUGUCGGCAGAUCAGCGCCAACAGAGCAGUGAAGCGGGAAGCCUGGGAACUAACGCUUUGAUAUAGAUGUCGCGGCUGGUGGUUGACGUCCAAUGCUGUUUCUUGCGUGAUUUAUUUGCUAAAAUAAACAACUUCUUGGG